GGGUGGUCGUUAUUCAAACUUGAUAUUGUCAAAAUGCAGAUUUGAGAAGUAUGUUGAUUAUGCUCUUGAUGUUCCAAUGUAUUUCAUAUAUCGGAAAAAGAAGUUUAUUGACUGUUCUGGAAUGUCCUUCAGGGACUUCAUGGCAGGAAAGCUCUCUCCAGUUCCUGGAGAAUUUCCAACACUUUCUGAUUGGGAAAAUCACUUGACUACAAUAUAUCCAGAGGUCAGGUUGAAGAGAUAUUUGGAGAUGAGGGGUGGUGAUGGGGGCCCUUGGAGGAGAAUAUGUGCUCUGCCAGCAUUUUGGGUUGGUUUAUUAUAUGACGAAGUUUCCCUGCAAAAUGCUUUAGACAUAACAGCUGACUGGACACCUGAAGAAAGACAGAUGUUGAGGAAUGAGGUUCCAAUAACCGGUCUCAACACACCAUUUCGUGAUGGGUUGCUGAAGCACGUUGCUCAAGAUGUUGUUGAGUUAGCAAAGGAUGGCUUAAAGAGAAGAGGUUUCAAGGAGUCUGGCUUCUUGAAUGAGGUGACUGAAGUAGCUAGAACAGGUGUGACACUGGCUGAAAAGAUGUUAGGAUUGUAUAAUGGAAAAUGGGGACAAAAUGUAGAUCCAGUUUUCGAGGAGCUUCUAUAUUAAGCUGCAUCUCUUUUAGUUAUUGAGAUUGCUACAUGAACAACAUAACUACAUGUUCUUGAAACUUGUCCUUAGCUUGAUGAUGGUAUUCAUAGUUGUAGUAAUUCUGUGAUGGCCUUCUUUUGAUUGUGGUGAAUUGUAACCCCACAGCUUACCGAGCCAUGAAUCUUCUGUUCAUCCAAAGGAAAUAAAAAAAUGCUCCUUGGGCUUCCUAGUGAAGUUACUGUUU